CCUACAGCCCAUCAUUAGAGUUCCCGGGAGCUGGUCAAUCUCGUAGUCUAGUUUUUGAAAACCAAUCCAUCCAGCGCCGACAGAUAUGGCUGACCAACUAACAGAGGAGCAGAUUGCUGAAUUCAAGGAGGCCUUCUCCUUGUUCGACAAGGACGGCGACGGCACCAUCACAACCAAAGAGCUGGGCACCGUGAUGAGGUCGCUCGGACAGAAUCCCACAGAGGCUGAGCUGCAGGACAUGAUCAACGAGGUGGAUGCUGAUGGCAACGGAACCAUUGACUUCCCAGAGUUCCUCACUAUGAUGGCCAGGAAAAUGAAAGACACAGACAGCGAGGAGGAGAUUCGUGAGGCAUUCCGGGUAUUUGACAAGGACGGAAACGGCUACAUCAGUGCAGCAGAGCUCCGUCACGUCAUGACAAACCUGGGAGAGAAGUUAACAGACGAGGAGGUGGACGAGAUGAUCAGAGAAGCGGACAUUGACGGAGAUGGACAAGUCAACUAUGAAGAAUUUGUACAAAUGAUGACCGCAAAAUGAAGAUCCUUCUCCCUUCUCCCGAACUCCUUAGAAGACAAAAAAAAAAAUCAGUCAAAUGUUUUACUUACCUCUUGCAAAAAUAUACAUUUAUUCAUACUGUUUCUGUAUAGAAAACAUAACUGAAUGUUGGAAAAACAAAUCUGUCCACAUAUAAGUAAAAAUAUUUAAUAAAAAAUAAUAAUAAAAAAAAAGGAAAAUAAUCAAAAAUGAUCUGCAUGUACUGGUUAGUGGUCCUGUCCCCAGAGAUGAGCUUAGACAUCAGUAAUAACAAAUUAUACCUGUAAACAAAACCGUCAACAACUAAAAGCACUUGGCAAACUGCUUCUUGGUGCCAGUUGCUAGUCGUAAUGUUUGGGCUGGCCAAUUGUCGUCUUUUCUUUUCCUGUUUCUGUUCUUCAUGCAUGCAGCUUAAGACUGACGGCCGCAGUCUGGCGGCUAGGCUCACUUUUAUUCCACAGUGGUGUCGAGGGGACUCUUGGUGGGGUUUUGGUACAGUCUAUUUUGAGAGGGAGAAGAGCUCAGAAGAUAGGUGUCAGUGGGGAUGGGAGGGCGUGUGUUGGGGGUCAUACUAAACGCGCGUAGAGACAAAAUGAACGAGACCUUUUUAGUUUGCUUACGUACAAGAGAUAUUUUUAAGAAAAUUAUCAUUUAAAAAAAAUACAUUUUAGAAUUAUGUUUGGCAUGUUGGGAAUAUUUGGAGUUCUGUUUCCUUGUGUGUUGAACUUUGGGUUGGAUUCAAGGGUGGGCAACGGGCUGGACAGUCGGGUUGGUCCUGACUAUUUUUACCCACUAGGGGAAGGCUUAGUUUUUGGCAAGGGAAUGCGGUUGUACCGUCAAUGUUUUCUAUCUUCUGUUUCUCGACUCUGACCGUGGUUGCGUGUGGGUUUUGAUUUGAUCUCCAGCGCUUCAUAGGGUCUUCAACACCAGAGUCUUCUCUAGACUGUUCAUCUUGAGUUCAGUUUACGUUCAUUCCAAGUUGUACAUGCUAGUCUUUUAAUUUUUUUUUCCAAUAAAAGACCAUGAACU